UGAGAGAAAGCCAGAGUGAGUCGAAUACUUAAAGAGAGUGGGGGAGUUUUAAAGAAUGAGGGGAGAGCUGUGGAAGGAUUGCUGAGCAGAGCCGCAGUCCCUACUGGGGCCAGAGACCAUGAGCUUGUCAUGGCAGCAGUCUGCACGACUGGGUGAGUUUCUCCAGCAGUGCUCAGCAGCGCAGAUGGGGGGCAGAAAGGCGUGGAAGAGGAUGAGAACAGAGACACGCAGCAGGGACGGGGUGGAGAGGACAGGGAGCCAGGACCAUGGAGCGCUGACAAGAGCCUGCUCAGGGUGAGAUGCCCAGGAGUUCCCUGGAGAGGAUACAGUGAAGUCGAGACAGCCGGGAGAACUGAAGGGAAUGGGUGAGGGAUGUUACUGGGACUCAGACAGGGACUGGGGAGGAACAGAGCCUGUAGUCCAGAGUUAAGAUGUUUCUCUUGAAGAUAUCAGAGGGCUCAGUCCCAGGUGGGGGAAGGUAUGAGUAUGAGGCUGAAAUGCAGCAGACAUAGUCAUCUGCCCCGGGAAGUCAAGAAGUUUUUAUUCAUUCAUUCAACAAAUAUUUAUUGGGCACUUACUGUGCCAAUCUCUGUGCAAGACACUACAUGCAGGGGUGAACAAAACUUGGUUCCUGCCCCCCAAAGGCCUCCCCGCCUUGCCUCACUGGGGAGACAUAUUCACACCAUGACAACACCCUGUGGUGACUGCAGUGUAGGAGAAUGCCUAGGUGUGGUGGGAGCACGCAGAAGGGUCCCCACCCAGGAAAGGAGCAAGCGACGUCAAAGCUGAGCCUUUGGAAUGGGAGUUACCCAAGCAAAGGGAGUGCAAGGGAUCUCCAAGAAGAGGAGACAGCUUUUUCCAAGGAGAGGCCAGCAAGAGUGUGCAUUUGGUGAAACCAGAGGGUAACAGAGUGGGGAGAGGUGAGGGAGAGCUGCAGGUCCCUGAAGGCAGGCACAGAGCUUCCAGAGGGAUGGGAGGCUUGGAAGGGAUUUUAGCAGGGGAGCAGCAUGAUCAGAUUUGCAUUUUAGCACUCGGGCUGCAGUAUGGAAAAUUGAUUGAAACGGAGCAAGGGAGCAGACAGAGAGACUGGUUAAAGGCUGCAGGGCAGCAGGGGUGGCAAAAAGAGGGCACAGGAGAUAUUUAGGAUUGAAAAUCAGCAGGACUUGAUGCUUUUCCUGGAUGGGGGAAGGAGGGAGAAAAGGGUCAAGGAUGCUUCCCAGAUGCCACCAGCUGAGCUGCAGAAAACAAGAGGAGAACAUGGGGGUUGGGGGGGUACCAGGAGAUAGGAGGAUCACAUCUGGAGACAGAUUGCGUUUGAGGAGCCUGAGAACAACCAGGGGACAUCUGUAGGCAGGUAGAUAUGCCAGGGAUGAGGUCAGGACACCCAGCUACGGUGAAGAGGGGAAGACUAUUAUUUCAAUAGCUUGGCAGACUCUUCUUAGGGAGGAACACUUUUGUUUGAGAAAAUACCUUGCUAUCUGCUAGGGUUAAAAGGGGAAAGCCUAGGGCAUGGGUGACCGUAGGGCCAGGGAAAGCCUAGGGCAUGGGUGACCAUAGGGCCAGUGCAGCCACAAAAAAUGGUUAAGCUGCCUUGUGUGAGAAAGGAGUGAAAUCUGUUUGGCCCCUGAGAGGAGGAGAGCAGAGAGGGAGGAGCCGAGAAAGGAAGGGAGCGCGGGGGAGGGCAGGGAGGCAGGAGGAAGUGAGUGAAGGGCCAGUGGAAAUUUCCCCUGGUGGACAGCAGAGGUGCCCAUGGCCUUGUGUGAUCUGACGCGGUUUGAGUCGCUGUGGAAUAAACCCCUUCUCCACCUGCCCCUCUGCAACCCCACAGGCCGCAGUGUCCACAGUGUCCUUGGUAAAGUCGACUGUAUUCACAUCUGCAUUCUGUGAGUGCGGGUAUAGGUGGGAGUGGAGGAGGGGACUUACUUUCUGGGUUUACGGGCACGGUGUGGUGUCAGCCCAUUUGGAAGCAAAGCCUAGAUAUGGAGGGGGCCAGACGAACAGGACCUGGGAAUGCACAGGACCCCCUGAAGCAGGCCGGGGAUCUACGUGAUCUUGCUGUAUCUAAGCUGACAUUGGAACAUGAACAGUCUGAAAUCCCAUGAGCCCCGCUGCCCUGCACCUGCGACCCUCAGGCUAGACCUUGGACUGUCUACAACACGAGUCAGGCCCAACCCGCCCUGGAAAUCAUCGUAGGAGGUUCCAGCUCAGUGCCCAGAGACAGCCCCCACAUCCCACCCCAUCAGGUCAGCUCAGGCUGGAGCAGGCAUGUGAGCAACACCCCUCAUUCCACCCCCAUACACACGCAUAAGCCCAUCCGCCUGCACCCUGCCAGUCUGACCAGCACAGUCCUGGGGACAGGAGCGUGGUGGAGGAGCUGCAGGUGGGGGCCAGAGAAGCCUCCACAGAGAGCAAAAGCCAGGGUCAGCCAGAGACAGGACACCAGAAGAGACAGGAGACCAGAGACCAGAGGAACAGAGAAGAGGCCCCAGAGCAAAGCAAGGAACAGCCAAAGCACCAGGACAUGGAUGCAGUGGAGCCAGGGGGACGUGGCUGGGCCAGCAUGUUGGCGUGCAGGCUUUGGAAAGCCAUCAGCAGGGCGCUGUUUGCAGAGUUCCUGGCCACGGGGCUGUAUGUGUUCUUUGGCGUGGGCUCAGUCAUGCGCUGGCCCACAGCACUUCCCUCCGUGCUACAGAUUGCCAUCGCCUUCAACCUGGUCACCGCCAUGGCUGUGCAGGUCACCUGGAAGGCCAGCGGGGCCCACGCCAACCCCGCCGUGACGCUGGCCUUCCUCGUAGGCUCCCACAUCUCUCUGCCCCGUGCUGUGGCCUAUGUGGCUGCCCAGCUGGUGGGGGCCACGGUGGGGGCUGCUCUGCUUUAUGGGGUCAUGCCGGGAGACAUCCGAGAGACCCUUGGGAUCAACGUGGUCCGGAACAGUGUCUCAACUGGCCAGGCGGUGGCAGUGGAGCUGCUUCUGACCCUGCAGCUGGUGCUCUGUGUCUUCGCUUCCACCGACAGCCGUCAGACAUCAGGCUCCCCGGCCACCAUGAUUGGGAUCUCUGUGGCACUGGGCCACCUCAUUGGGAUCCACUUCACUGGCUGCUCCAUGAAUCCAGCCCGCUCCUUCGGCCCUGCCGUCAUCAUUGGGAAGUUCACAGUCCACUGGGUCUUCUGGGUGGGGCCCCUGAUGGGAGCCCUCCUGGCCUCACUGAUCUACAACUUCGUCCUGUUCCCCGACACCAAGACCCUGGCGCAGCGGCUGGCUAUCCUCACAGGCACCGUAGAGGUGGGGACAGGGGCAGGGGCAGGGGCGGAGACCCCGAAGAAGGAAUCCCAGCCGGGUUCGGGAGCUGUGGAGAUGGAGAGUGUGUGAAACAGCCUAGGCCUGGCCGCGCCCUUGGGCUUCCUGCCUUGCAGGACCUGCCUGGAGGUUCUCCCUGGGGGUGGCGGGAGGGGGAGGCUUGACCUUUUGUCCUGACCAGGUGGGCUGGAGGGGACAAGCCCUAUCCCUGGCAUUACGUUUCUAGGUAGAAUCUGGGAGUGAAUUUGUCCCAUUCCCUCUCUGUAGGGCUUCCCCACCUCUCAGUGGGACAGAGCAGAGGAAGGCAGGGGAUUUAGGAUCGCCCUCCCAUGCUCUCACCCACUGGACCCCGUAGGAGUCCUGACCCCCAGAUGCCCAAGUCUUGGGGGAGAAAGGAAUGGGAGCCCAGACAGCCACUCUGCUUAGACCUGGGAGCUAUAGGGACCUCAGGGAGCCCCAGCUUCUUACCCACCCAGGAAACGCUUGGUCCAGAGAGGACAGGCUGUCUGGAGGAAUCAGGCCCUGGGACAGCCUCUGAGCUCCUGGGGGGGUUUCUCUGACCUUGGGUGUGGUUUUGGGGGGUAUAUUUCCUCCUUCAGACUAGGGGCUUCCUGAGGACAGAGACUGCUCUACCAAUAGAUCUUUGUUUGUUUUGAGACAGAAUCUUGAUCUGUUACCCAGGCUGGAGUGCAGUGGCAUGAUCUCGGCUCACUGCAACCUCUACCUCCUGGGUUCAAGGGAUUCUCCUGCCUCAGCCUCCCAAGUAGCUGGGAUUACAGGCGCCUGCCACCACGCCCAGCUAAUUUUUUGUAUUUUUAGUAGAGAUGGGGUUUCACCAUAUUGGUCAGGGUUGUCUCAAACUCCUGACCUGAGGCGAUCUGCCCACCUCGGCCUCCCAAAGUGCUGGGAUUACAGGUGUGAGCCACCGCGCCCGGCCUCUCCCAAUAGGUCUUUAUUCCUCAAUCCUCCAAAUGCUCUGGAGAGGCCCCCACCCUUGAGAAGAACUGACACAGAGAAGAACAUUUUCUCAGGCUCAUAGAGGGGUGGGAUAGAGGAAGGGAGGUUUGAGCCAGACAGGCCUUUCCCAGGGAAGCCUCCUCCCAGAUGCUUGCCCCAGCUCCCACCCCACAGCCCACUCUCAGGCAGGAACAAUCCUCAGAGGGGAAGUGCCCAUCUAGCCAUUGACUCAUGACCUGGGUCAAAGAAGCAGUCUCCAGGCUCUCUGUCAGCAUUACAGGAUCCCCAAAAAGGUGUUGAAUAAGCCCUAAGGGUGGUAGGAACCCAGGAGGGACCCAGGAAACUAAGAUUUGAGAUUCAGUGCCUCUGAAAGACUACCAAAAUCUAAAUUGGUUUAAUAGUUAAAGGCUGCUGUAGAUUUAUUCUGCCCACAACUUGGGGGUCCUAUCUGGAUCUCGGCUUCUCCAGCUGUAAAAUGGACACACAGUCCUCCUCCAGGGACUGCUGUGAAAUCAAGAAAUUGGAAAAUACUUUCAGAAGUUAAAAUGCUAGAAAAACAACCCCAAUAAAUGAUGAUUAUUGUU